GCGGUGUGUCUGCGGCAUCCUGUUUGCGCGUCUCCAGCCCGCAGCGCGCCUCAGCUCUGUCUCCUCCCCUCUCCCGCCCAGGCGGCUCUCCCACGGCGAGCCAACUCUGCGCACUUUGCCCCUUGUUGGCAGCGAAUAAAAGGGGUCUUGGGAAAUACGGGUGUCGGUCACCCACUGCCAGCUCUAGCCUUUAAAUCCCCGGCCCGGGAAGAUCCACGCACAGCGGCUCGGAGCCCGACACGGAUCCCGCGUUCCGCGAGCAGCGCCGCGGUUCACCGCGCACAGGCCGGCUCGGUAACCGAAUUCCGCCCGGUUUGCGGGCUGUCCGGAGCCGCGCUCUGCCGUCUCAGCCGCGGGCAAGUGCUCCCAGCAUCAGAGAGCCCAGAUGCCGGCCCACUUGCUGCAAGAGGAGAUCUCUAGCUCCUACACUACCACCACCACCAUCACAGCACCUCCCUCCAGGAUCCUGCAGAAUGGAGGCGGCAAGUUGGAGAAGCCUUCUCUGUACUUGGAAGGAGACGUCCGCCCUGAAAUCAAAGACGACAUCUAUGACCCAAGCUACAAAGAUCCAGAGGGCCCAAAGCCCAAGGUUGAGUAUGUUUGGAGAAACAUCAUCCUUAUGUUUCUGCUGCACGUGGGAGCCCUGUACGGGAUCACGCUGGUUCCCAGCUGCAAGACCUACACCUUGAUCUGGGGAUACCUCUACUAUAUGUUCAGUGCUCUGGGCAUAACGGCAGGAGCUCAUCGCCUAUGGAGUCACCGGACUUACAAAGCUCGGCUGCCCCUGAGGGUCUUCCUGAUUAUUGCCAACACGAUGGCCUUCCAGAACGACGUGUAUGAAUGGGCCCGAGAUCACCGUGCCCACCACAAGUUUUCAGAAACGCAUGCCGAUCCUCACAAUUCCCGGCGUGGUUUUUUCUUCUCUCACGUGGGUUGGCUGCUUGUGCGCAAACACCCAGCUGUCAAGGAGAAGGGUGGUUCGCUAGACUUGUCUGACCUCAAGGCUGAGAAGCUGGUGAUGUUCCAGAGAAGGUACUACAAAUCCGGCAUUCUGCUGAUGUGCUUCAUCCUGCCCACCUUUGUGCCCUGCUAUUGCUGGGGCGAGACCUUUCGAAACAGCUUGUUCGUCGCCACUCUGUUGCGUUACGCCAUCGUGCUCAACGCCACGUGGCUGGUGAACAGCGCUGCCCACCUGUACGGAUACCGCCCUUACGACAAGAACAUUAGCCCCCGAGAGAACAUCCUGGUGUCCCUGGGAGCUGUAGGGGAGGGCUUCCACAACUACCACCACUCCUUCCCCUACGACUACUCUGCCAGUGAGUACCGCUGGCACAUCAACCUCACCACCUUCUUUAUUGAUUGCAUGGCUGCCCUCGGUCUUGCUUACGACCGGAAGAGAGUAUCCAAGGCUGCUGUCUUGGCCAGGAUUAAAAGAACUGGAGACGGAAGCUACAAGAGUGGCUGAGUUUGGGGUCCCUUGGGUUCCUUUUCCAAAAGCCAGCCAGGCACAGGUUUAAUGUUCUGUUUAUUAACUACUGAAUAAUGCUACCAGGAUGCUAAAGAUGAUGAUGUUAACCCAUUCCAAUACAGUAUUCUUUUAAAAUUGAAA